AUGAAGGUUUGGAGAAAAGAAAUUCUCACCUCGCUAGCCCUUUUAACAACAAUUCAAGCUUGUUAUGCCGUCGCUGUUAUAGAGAAGCUAUCAGAACAUCGGGCUGUGCAGGAUCUCAGAGGUAGGUUAACUCAGUAUACGUAGCUGUUAACACUGACCGACAGUCAUGAACAGCAAAGACAAAACUACAAGACUAGAAAUAUGCGACAUCAGAAAAAUGUUUAUUUGUAAUUGCUACGUGACACCUGUCAAGAAACCUUAACUUGACCGAACUUAUGCCAAUAUAAAAAACCCCAAGAUUCAUCACUUAUACUGACACAAUAAAUACACUGACAUCUAACAGAGCAAAAAGUUUAAAAGAGGAAGGAAUUAUUUUUAAUUAAUGGAUUUCGUUUUGUUUUGUACUCAGUCACUUGUAGCAAUUUUCAUCUGUAGAUAGACCUUUUUUGGUCAAGGUAAAAAAAUACGCCACUUUUAAAAGGAAAAGGAUACAAAACAUCACGCACAGAAAGAAAACAUGACUUGGCGACCUCAUGUUUUGUAGGCGAAAGAACAAACUGAAUCGUCUCAGAAAAAAGAAUUAGAGCAGCUAAUAUAGUUUUUAAAAUCAGGUUUGGCCGGAUUCUGCUUUAUAACAUUCCUUUGCCUUCUUAUCUCCACGGACUUCUCUUAAAAGUAAUCUUCCUAGUCUCUUAGCAGGUGGAUGAAACUCCCCUCAUGGCGGCGCUUCUUUCUUUCUUAGUUUCCGCUUAUGUUGUUUUUAUACGCUUGGUUAUCUUAAAAGCUACAAAAGUGAUGAACAAAAUGACGUAUUAUUUAUCUUUUCAUUUAAGAUAUUAAGCCAUGCGGAAGAAGACACUCUUCUCCAAUAAGACAAAAUUAUAUGAGGAGCAAGAUGCUUAUUAGACCUCAUGAGCUUAGAAAGCGGAUUGUUGGAGGCCAUGCCAGCGGUGAUGCGGCAUGGCCAUGGCAGGUAGCAUUGUUCUUAGAUGGGUCGCAAGUGUGCGGUGGAUCACUCAUCUCUGAAGAAUGGGUCCUAACUGCAUGCCAUUGUUUUACAGGUAUGAAAUCAGGUCUUUGCGCAUGUCACCUUGACUAAAUGAGUGUAUUAAAGAAACAUGCACAUAAACGUCUUUUCUGGAGAGUUGCAACAGGUAUGUAAUCGUGCAUCGUUCAAAGCAGUAGAUGGUAGCGGUGCAGGUGGGAAGUGAUUGUAAUCGCACGCCGACAUUAAUUAGGUUAAAGCAAAUUCUCAGUUCAGUUGUCUUUGAACAUUAGUGAGCUUACGUGACAGGACGGCAGAGAGAAAAGGACGGCAAAACGUUUGUGUGUGACAAACGUGACAGGGCUAUAUAGUGUGUUUUGUUGUGGUCUUUUACUCAACCUUACUGUGUUUUGGUCUUUCACAAAAACUAGAGAUCUGUUUAAAGGAAUGUGUAGUUUGGCGGAGAUAUUAUAUUACAUAAUUAUUGUCAACACCUGUCACACAGGUUUUGCCGUCUUCUUUCCCGCGCCGUCCUUUUGCGUAAGUUUAUUAUUAGUGUUCUAGCGACGAGUAAUCAUGAUUGUGCUCCUCAGAUUACCGCUCGUCAAAGGAUCCAUCUCGCUGGAAGGUUAAACUUGGUUCACAUCAAACUGUACAGAAGACGAGAAGAUUUGAACAAGUAAGAGGAGUCAACAAGAUCAUCAUGCACCCGAGGUAUUAUGGGAAAACUGAAGAUGGGGUUCUUGUUCAGCCGCCAGAUUAUGACGUAGGUUAGUAACAUGUUCACGGGCAUAUGAAUAACUUACGACAUGUAAAUGAUAGUGGCAUGUAACUUUAAAAGACACGUUCUCUUUCGAAUACUUCAUGUUUACAGACUAACAAGUUUAACAGAAAACACAUGCUAUACAUGGAUAAUGGUCAUAACAUGGUUGUUCCUCUUUUAAAAACAUGACGACAUCAUAGUAACAUCAUAGUAACAUUUUAAAUUCUAAAAUCAUUGUAUAGUAUGUGCAGUUGGAUUUAGAGAAAUCACUUCGCAAGAAACUUUCUUAUACUGUGUAAAUGCACGGAAAUGCCUCUGGUUUCAUUCGAAACAAAAGAGAUUUCAUGUCGAGGGCAGCCAAUGACGGUUUCCUCCUAAAUGUACUGAAAAUUCUUUUUAGGCUAUCCGGAGUACUUUUAGAUCUUUAGAAAUGAAUUUUUAGCGGCGCUUUAAAAUUUGUUUCUGUUCGGUGUAUCCUAUAAGGGGAACUUGAGCCUUUUCGAGAUUACAAGGGCUUCAGUAUUAUUUUCUCCAAAAUUUUAGAUGCCACUUAACGUUUUAUGAAAGUGAGAUUUUUAUUAAUUCUCUCCCCAUCACAUUUUUGAAUCUGAAAAUUUCAGGUUUCCUUUUUGUACGAAAAUUAUCCUAACAUAGGGAGUAAAAUGUGAGUGAAAUUAAACUUCAGAAAAUCGUAGGGAAGUUAUUAGAUAAGCUUUAGAAAAUUCUAGGCAAUAUUUGCUUUUCCGAAAAGAUAGUCAAAGAAAACAGUUUGCGGGAGUUUAUUUGUGGAUUGGCGUUUUUUGUGUGUUUUGCGGCAACUAUUUUUUUGCGAUUAGGACAGAUUGGUCUUCCUUGCUGAAAAUUAAUUUUUGCGAUUUUCAGGAAGUACCCAGUACCGAGCAUUGAGAAUAUUUUCGUUUUUAUUGAGUACGUGCAAUAGAUAUACAUAUGUUCAAACAAUAAACCAGUAUUUCGUUGUAUACCGUUUUGUUUCUGAAUGAAAGAGACAAGUUCUGAUUGAACAGACACGAUUUCUUUGUACUUUAUUGCGGGAAAAAUGUUUGUGGUAAUUUGUAUUUGCGGGAACCUAUUUUUGCGGAUCGCUGGAAAAAUUGCAAAAAUCGCAAAAAAAUUCGUGCCACACGGUAAGUAUCAAUAUUACAUCUUCUUUUAGGAUAAAGAAAGUAACAAUAUGAGUAUUGUGUCACUCUUUCAGCUCUUCUUCGACUUUCAAACCCAGUCAGAUAUGAUAGUCACGUGCUUCCAAUUUGCCUAGCAACCGAUAGAAUGGAAUUCCGGUAUGGGAAGAUUUGCUACAUAACUGGCUGGGGAACAAUUGGAUGGAACAAGCCGCGAUCUAAACUUUUACAACAAGCUCCAAUCCCUUUAGUAUCGAGAGAUGAAUGCAAUGAAAAGAAAUCAUACAACGGAACAGUUCCCCAAACGGCCUUAUGCGCAGGCUUUAAAGAUGGUAGGGUUGACGCAUGCCAAAAGGAUAGUGGUGGACCGCUGGCUUGUGAACAUGGCGGGCGCUGGUAUCUCGUGGGUGUGGUAUCGUGGGGGAAAAGAUGCGCGUUGCCGGAUAAGUACGGUGUUUAUGCCGACGUACGAGUUUUACAUGCGUGGAUUACAAACAUUGUAGGAAAUGACUGACAUACGAUUAGGUGAACACUGUUUUUUAAGUUAUACAUCCGAGACUCUAAUUAGAGGUACGGAAGCGUCGAAUGUUACUUUAAGUUUCCUGUUUGUAGCUAACCUAUCUCUGUGAUAACCUCUUAUAUACAAAAUGACCACAAGAACAAUCAUUCCAACAAUUAGAACACUGACUAUGAUAACUGACACCUGCCAAUCCUUAUCUUUCCGUGUUUCCUGCUUUUCGUGCGUUGUAUUAUUUGAGUUGUUGUUAAGGUUGGUAGGCCUGUGGUCUGCCGUGGCGUGCGUCAUGUCUAAGAUUGUAUGCGACGCCAAUUCUGACAUUGUCUUGGUUAUGAAUGUCUUGAAUUUGUCUCUAUUUGGUGAAUUUUCCGACAUGUUUUCUUUUGAUAAAAAACGCAUGGUGAAAGUUUCAAGGCUUCUGUCUCUUGUAGUGAUCAGUGUUUCUACUAAAAGUGUCGAUGUCAUUGCUCCAGGUGUUGUCUGUCUUUCAACUGCAUUCACACUUGAUGCUGACGUCAUAAUUUUGACAGACUGUAUUGAGGCGUAAAUAGUGCCUGUGAAUAUGGAAAAAGGUUACAUCAUGACCAAAAGAGUCACUAACUUGCCAGUGCAGGCUCAGGCUCGGCUCAGGCUCGGGCCUCACUUUUUCAGAGACUUCUGGGAUUACUACUAGGGGCAGAAAAAAAAAUCCCAAAUAUAUUAGGGACCUUACAAAACUACGACGGCGACGGCAAGGAGAACGUCAAAAAAGCAGUAGGUUUAAUGAGCACAACAACAACUCUGCACGUACGUCACGCUUUUUUGUUCAUUUCUUUGCUGUCCCUGCACAAUUACGACGUGAAAUGACCAAAUUUUAAUUUUACUUGAGAACGGGAACGGCAAGGCAAUAAAUUCUACCAUCUCUGUCUGAACUCGGGCGCCGUUCCCUCUCUUCAGCUCCAACCAUAAUUCCCUUCUUUUAAGUAACAGGGCGAGUGGGAUAAUCGCGAAAAAGUUUAAAAAGAUGCAAAGUCUAUUUUUCAGCGUUUUCACGGACGUCGCCGUUGUCGGAUCGUAACGUCCCUAUUAGCGACGAUUAUCCAUCUUGGCGUAUUCCAUGGCAACCCAGGUUGCAAAAUGCUUCUUGUUUAUUAUCGUUAUCUAUCUAUUCAUCAACCCUGUUUACCCCCCGAAAUUUUACAUAACCUUUGUUUCCAGUUUUUCCUGGAUGCAUGUAUAAGAGUAGUCCCAAGAGAAAUCAAAGGCAAUGGUUAUUCAAAACUUUUGGGGGGUAAACCAGGUGCAUUAUGGUGUCGGUGAAAAUGGUCCGCUAUUUAAGCCUUAAAUCCUUACCAUUAAAAGAUCUUGAAUGGUUACAUACAUUUUAUUUGAAUAUAUUUUGCAUGCAAUGGAGUGUUUUAUGUGUCUUGCGAAGUUGAAAUAAAAAAAAGGAUGAACUGGACUUGUUGAAAAGAUAGAGGCGCUCUUGAGCUCUCAAACUUUCCAAAUUGUUUUCCACUUUGUCACUGAUGUUAGCGACGUCGUCUCUGCCUUUUUUUGUACCUUCGUUGUAUUGAAUUCAGUUGUAGUUAGGAAUGAACAAACCAUUUCCAGCAGUUACCUACUGCCGUACAUUUUAACUUUGUUACUUGAUAAGCAUAACUGCAUGAUUAAUUGCGCUACUAGGAAGAGAAGGGCAAAUCUUUGACUCCUUAGCUAAUUCGUGCACAGAAGCACGAUUAAUUCUGUAAACACUUUAGAUUUACGAUCUAACUUACCUAGGGAACUCGUUGCAAGCUUUGUUCGAUUUACAAAGGUUGUUAUUCCAUGUUGGAUCAGUAAGGCCAUGAGGAGAUAACGAAGUUUCACGGUUUUCAACACCAUGAUCCAAUGAAUAGUGUUUUUAUUUUUUUCCCAAGUCGUGUGCGGUGAUUUUGGUCACCCAGUCACUUGCUGGUUUAAUCAAUUCAGUAGGAGCUUUACGGUUCUGGAUCACAAACAGUGGACAUGUUAAUGACCAUGAUCCUAAGUAAUAAAAACAAUCAGACUCAGGAGCCUAAAACACGCAUUCAUCAAGUAGUACUCUCCUUUUGUCUGGCAUAAGUAACCUUACCCUAAAUAACUUAACAUUUCUCUCAAUUUUUUUUUUCACAAGUAAAAAAAAGGAAAACAAACCUGGAAUAUAAGUGCUUAAAGGGAAUCAAUAUCGAUAUUGCGGCCUUGCAAUAAACUUGUUGACAAAUGAAAGAAAUUUGUAAGAUUAUUGUUUGCCUAAGUAAGACUUUUGUGUCACGUUCACUCGAUUGGUCAUUAUUUUGAAUGACGACAAAGCCCCUAAGCCUUUCUCCACACCUACUGUCUGAAAAGGCCGUCUGUAAUGGUCAAAUCCAAGCGGUUGUUAGAGUUGUUGCGGAUGAUAUUAUACUUAUCAUUACCUUUUAAAAUUUCAAGUUUUUCUCCCCAUUCGCCACUGCUGAAAUAAUUUAGAAUGGGGCCCGUUGCCCCAAUGAGAGCGAACGAAACGAGAAAAAGAAAAGGGCAUUGACACUUAUUCAAGUAAUUAAGACUGACCAGGCUACUAAAUACGUGCGUCCUGUGUUAUUCCAUUCACUAUCGACCAAAACAAGCUUACCGACGAAACGGAAAUUUUGUUGCUCUUACCAACAUCAGAACAAAGACUAUAAAACCAAUCACUAUCUAUCUGGGAGUAAUUUAGAAAAAAAAUGUUAUUGAUUUGUCGUUUCCACUUCAUCCCACUCGUCGCGAGGGAAUUGUAUAAUUAGUGUUUCUCUACCCCUUACCCUCAAAUGUCCCUUCGAUUCGCGGGGAAACGAUAAUUAUGUUCCUCCUCUUCCCUAGUCCCUCACCCUCGAUGGAGCGAGUUUCUUAGCAUCACAAAGAGAAAGAGUCGGAGAAUGAACGUCCACUUCCUUCAGCCUGCUCAAAAUGUUUUAAGACGUAAAAAACAUUUCGAAAAAAAAACUUUCAGUUAUUUAUUCCGGGCGUGUGUUUUUCUAUUAAAUUAAAUGAAAUUGCCUUAAGGAUCUCCGUAAGUAUCCUGUAUGUAUGUGAGUAAAUGAUACUUUAGAGGAGAACCUUUUUAAAACUUCUUCCCCAAUAUAAUGCCCCAAUGAUGAAAUAUCAAAAGGUGGAUUUAUCUCAGUUUUGAGUCUGUAAACGAAAUCCUAUAAGGUUGCCAUUCAAAUGAAAGGUCCUUGUCAGUAGUUCCAUAUGAUACUAUCUUUUGUUCGCAUUUUACAAAAUGAAAUUUGCAAAUUUUGUUGAAUUUUGAUAUUUUGGUCACAGUUUGGAAGUGAAACUGUUAAACACUCAAAAUCCGACAAACUGAACUCGAAGAUUAAAUAGGUGAUUUUCUUUAAAUUCCAGAUCCCUCUUAUUCCACGAGAUUCAGAGAAAAUCAAGGCAGAUUCUUCAAACACAUUUCGUUAAAUAUGCUUUUAAAAAGAAAGCGUUCUGUUGUAGACCAUUAAGGCAAGGUGUUUAUUAAUUCGAUAGUUCACCUGCUGACUCGCACACUGUGUUUUGAUAUCAGCCGUAUGGAAAUUAGGUUCAGAUUCAUAGACGCUCAGUAAGUAUUGACUACCACUUUUUUUCCAACGAAGACUGCCUUAAGGAGGCUUAGAAAGACAAGACAGACGUUUGGAGGAAACGUUUUUCAAGGUAAAAAACUGAUCAUUUAUUAAUUGUCUCGAUCUGUGAUUGAUCUCGGUUAAUUGUUCAGUGUCUCGCGACGUGUUCACGGCCGGUUGCUCGACUGUUUCAGAAAGACAAGAUUUUUUGUGAAAACAGUUUAAUGCCAAAAAUAUUAGAUUUUAUUCCAUUUAAAUGUAGUUAACUGUACAUAUCAUUCACGCUAGAAACAGUUCUUUGAGGCAAAGAAUUCUAAUAAGGAAAAAGUCAACAUCAAAGAAAUAAAAAGAAAAGUCAACAAAAUAGCUUACUAAUACGUUUUCUCAAAGUCAAAUCCAAGAUAGAACUUAGUGAAAGUAACUUGUUUUGUUUUUCUACAGCUCUCUGUUGCAAUUAGAAACUCCAGCCAUUUUUGAAAACUUUGUGUCACCAAUCUGCCUGCUUCCUCAAGGUGCUCAGUUCCCCGCUGGUAAAGAAUGUUACGUCACAGGCUGGGGUCACACGCAAUGGAGAGGGACUAAGCCCGACAUUCUAAGAGAAGCUAAAGUAAAGCUUGUAAAUGAAGACAAGUGCAACGCAGAAAAAUCAUACGGCGGCGCUAUACAUAAUAGGGCAUUAUGUGCUGGAUUUGAGGAAGGUGGGGUUGAUGCAUGCCAGUAUGACAGUGGAGGGCCACUGACUUGUCAACAUGAAGGGCUUUGGUAUUUGACGGGCGUGGUAGCAUGACAGCGGGGAUGGCGCUUGGCCAUGGCAGGUAGCAUUGUUCUUAGAUGGGUCGCAAGUGUGCGGUGUAUCACUCAUCUCUGAAGACUGGGUCUUAAAUGCAUGUCAUUGUUUCACAGGUACGUAAUCAGCUCUUUGCGCAUGUCACCUUUAAUAGAAUGCGUGUAUUAAAGAAACAUGCAGACAAACGUCUUUCCUAGAGAAAGGCAACAGGUAUGUAAUCGUGCAUCGUCCUAGUUAUAAAUUCCUUAAGAAGUAGAUGGUAGCGGUGCAGGUGGGAGGCGAUUGUAAUCGCACGCCGACGUUUUUCAUUUUAAAGCAAAUCCUCAGCUAAGUUGUCCUUUGAACCUUAGCGAAUUUUGCAACAAGACGGCAGAGAGAAGAGGACGGCAAAAGGUUUGUAUAUGACAAACGUGACAGGGCUAUUACUAGUGUGUUUUCGUCGUGAUCUUUACUUAACCUUACUGUGCUCUGGUCUUUUACAAAAAGAUCUGUUUAAAGGAAGGUGAAGUUUGGCGGAGAUAUUAUAUUACAUAAUUAUUGUCAACACACCUGUCACACAGGUUUUGCUGUCUUCUUUCCCGCGCCGUCCUUUUGCGUAAGUUUAUUAUUAGUGUUCUAGCGACGAGUGAUCAUGUUUGUGCUCCUCAGAUUACCGCUCGUCAAAGGAUCCAUCUCGCUGGAAGGUUAAACUUGGUUCACAUCAAACUGUACAUAAGAAGAGAAUAUUUGAACAAGAAAGAGGAGUCAACAAGAUCACCAUGCACCCGAGGUAUUAUGGGAAAACUGAAGAUGGGGUUCUUGUUCAGCCGCCAGAUUAUGACGUAGGUUAGUAACAUGUUAGGCAUAUGGACUACAAACCUACAGAUAACAGUGGCUUAUAUAUAACUUUAUAAGACACGUUUUUUUUCGAAUACUUUAAUUUUACAGACUAAUGGGUUUAAUAGAGAACAACACGGUUUUUCCUCUUUUUAAAAAAAUGCAAUUGUUUAAAUAAUAACUUUUAACCCAGUUCCGAGAUGAUAAUAAUGACAUUUUAAUAUUCUAAAAUCAUUGUGCGGUAUGUGCAGUUGGAUUUAGAGAAAGAGAAACUUUCUUAUAAAUGCGAGAAAUGCCUCUGGUUUCAGACAAGACAAAAGAAAUUUCACGUAUACUGCUCAUACUUAUUCGUAUCAACAUCAUAUCUUGUUUUAAAGUAUGGUUUUCGGCAUUCAGAGGUAGACCUUGCCUCAGCCACAAGCUAACCGGACAGCAGUACUAAUGUAGAAAGUAACAAUAGAUGUAUUUUGUGUUACUCUUUCAAACCCAGUCAGAUAUGAUAGUCACGUUCUUCGAAUCUGCCUCCCAAGCAAUAUAAUGCAAUUUCUGUAUAGGAAGAUUGCUUCAUAACGGGAUGGGGAACAAUUGGAUAGAACAAGCCGCGAUCUAAGCUUUUACAACAAGCUCUAAUCCCUUUAGAAUCGAGAGAUGAAUGCAAUGCAAAGAAAUCAUCCAACGGAACAGUUCCCCAAAGGGCCGUAUGCGCAGGCUUUAAAGAGGGUAGGUUUGACGCAUGCCAAGGAGAUAGUGGUGGGGCGCUGGCUUGUGAACAUGGCGGGGCUAGUACCUCCUCAAUUGGUCUGGUAUCGUGGGGGUAAAGAUGUGUUUAUGCCGACGUAGGAGUAUUACAUGCGUGGUUGUAGGAGAUGAAAGUUAAAACGGCAACAAGAUUCACUGGCUUCUUGACAUGGUUAAGUGAACACUCGUUUCAAAGUUAUACAACGUAACCACGGCAGAGAAGUUUUUUCCAACUUCUUCAGUUUCAAAAGAAAUCACACGUUAAAUUUUAAUUCUGGACAAAAUGUAUUGCACAGUAUAAAGAUGGUUUUCAACAGCAACGGCUGACUUACUUAUUAAUCGUCUUACACGACUUCACAUUGUACAAAGGAGGAAAAAACGAGAAGAUGAAAGGAUAAACUGAUCAAACUUGUUCCACUUAUAUUGUUGUGAAAAUGAAGUACAAAAACUUCAAGAACAUCUUUAAGUAAUUCAAAGGAUAGCACAAGCCACAGAAAGGGAUAUAGAAUGCUUCCUCGGAAAAUGUUUCUCGAAAGCCUUUGUCUAGUGGGAGGUCUCGAAGUCUCGUUUUCGGGUGAUUUUUCGUCUAGCACGAGUUGGUUACUGCAGUGCUAAUUUAAUUCAAAGGACCGCAAACGAAUAUGCCGCAGAAAGUUUGGAUUCUGCAAUGCUGAUCGUAUUACGUGAGAAUGAACUUUACAAGACAUCAACACGACACUGAUAGAACCCAAAACAGAGUGCGGGUUUGUAGCCGCUAGUAUGUUUUGGGGGACGUAGAUCUGUUCUAUAGAUCCGAUAUGCGGUACAGUUUGUAUGUUUUUAAGGUUUGUUUUGGCCAUCUUAAAUGUUUUCUUUGCGAGACAUCGACGUUACCCUUCGGAGAUACGUGAUGUGGCGUGAUUUGGUGGAUGUUAGGGUUUAAUGUUAGGGCUUAAAACAGAGUGCUUUUCUGUUCUGUCUGUUGUCCGGAUGAGCCACAAUAAUGGGCGUUUUGGGUAUUAUCGUUGUCGUGUGAUGUCUUGCAAAGUUAAAUUCGAGUAGUACGAUCAGCAUUGCAGAAUUCAAUGUGUCUAAUUUAAUUCGUUCAAUUGUGUUCUGUAUAGCAUGCAGUAGCACGACGUUUGAAACAGGCCAAAGAUACAAUAAACUGUUACGUCUCGUCCGCCGAGACUCUAAUUAGAGGUAUGGAUGUUACUUUAAGUUUCCUGUUUGAGGCUAACCUAUCUCUGUGAUAGCCUCUUAUGUAAAAAAUGAUCACAAAAAUAAUCAUUCCAACCAUUAGAACACUGACUAUGAUAACUGACAGCUUCCAAUCCUCGUCUUUCCAUAUUUCGUGCUUUUCGUGCGUUGUAGUAAUUGGUUUGUUGCUAGGGUUGGUAGGCCUGUGUUCCGGUGUCGCGUGCGUCAUAUCUGAGCUCACGUGCGAAGUCAAUUCUGGCGUUGUCUUGGUAAAUGGUGUACUACUUUGUGAAUUUUUCGACAUGUUUUUGUUUGAUACAAAACGCACGGUGAAAGUUUCAAGGCUUCUGUCUCUUGUAGUGAUCAGUGUUUCUACUAAAGGUGUCGAUGUCAUUGCUCCAGGUGUUGUCUGUCUUUCAACUGCAUUCACACUUGAUGCUGACGUCAUAAUUUUAACAGAUUGUAUUGAGGUGUAAACAUUGCCUAUGAAUGUGAAAAAAGGUUACAUCAUGACCAAGAAUCACUGACUUGCCCGUGCAGGUUCGGCAGGUUUAAGAUAGCCAAACGCAUUAUUUUUCGCCCUUGUCCUUGUAUGCCAUUCUUUUACCUUUCAAAAUGGUCAAUGAAGAGUGCUGGGAAAGAAAUACCCUCUGAUAAUGGAGACCAGUUCACUUUUGCAAAGACUUCUGGAACUAUUACUAGGGGCGAGGGAAAAAAAAUCCCAAAAAGCAUUUCGGCACCAGUGACACCAGUCCUCUUAUCGUUUGUAAAGUGACGAAUUGCUGUGUCUGCUGAGGUGUUUUUUUUUUUAUUUUACCGAGUGAGAUUUUAUUCACAUUAAGCCAAAACAUUGACCGCGAUGUAUAAAAGAAUUAAUUAAUGUGACUAUCUUUGUUUAGUAAAAUCCAACUAGUGGUCUAUUAUCAAUGCUGCGUUCUAGGCUACAUGUUAUAGCCCACGGUAGCGAAAGCGCCGGCUUUUUGGCGGCAAAAAAAGGAUUAAAGUCUAGCUUUAACAAGCUAAAGUUGUUUUGUCUCGAUAUUUUUGACCAGCUAGUUGGAUUUUACUAACACAAUUAUUCCUUUCGCCCUUAUGGCCUCUGAGUCAAUAGCCCAUUCGGCCUUCGGCCUCAUGGGCUAUUGACUCAGAGCACAUUCGGGCUCGAGGAGUAAUUGUUAAAUAUUUCUCCAAAUAAUAAGCUUCUCAUUUCAAUUAAAAAUGCUUCGCGACCAAGUCAAGGAUUCUGUUGACAAAUGGCGUCGGAAGUAAAAUAACAGCGUGUUGGAAAUAUAUAGAACUUUAAACAGUGGAAGUAACAACCUCAACUUUGAAGUACUUUACUUAGCUUUUGCAAAUUUCUCUCGUUUGACCGCAGUGAAAAUUAGCCUGCGAAUGCAUACGUAUUUUCGGUUAUUGGUUGUCACUUGUUCGUUCCCUCAAAAAUUAACCAGAAAUACGCAUACGGUGAUGUAACCAUGGCAACAUGACAGGAUGUGAAACGCUUCCUGUUGGUCGAGCUUGCUUUAGCAGAGCGAGACUCUAAAAACGCAGCCGUUUUUUUUUUCCUUCAGUCUUUCCCAAUUGGUCGGCCAUGGUCCCAGGCGUUCCUAGCGGAGAUCAUGAAAACUGGGAAUAAGAAUCGUGACGACUUUCGUCGUAUGCAAAUGAGUCUUGUGAUGAGCAUGCAGUUUGAUUUGGGAGAUGACUGAAAUAACGCGCAAUGUUUAUCACGUAGUUCUUUGGCAAAAUUUUUUUUUCCAUGCAAGAAAUCCCGCUUUAUUUUUUUGCGACAAAACAGGUUACGUUUCAGGCCUCUAUAACAUAGCAAGGUGAAAAUAUCGCAAGUGCAAAACAGACAAAAAAAAGUAAAAACUGCCAAGAACACCUGCUCUCUCAUGAGAGCUAUUUUUAAUAAUUUGUUUAUGACCUUCAGGUGCGAAAAAUUUAACUGUCUGUUGAAUAAGCUUCUGCUAUAAAACUUACACAUUUUGCCUGUGCUGAACAAAAAGUGUACCGAGCCGCAUCUUGUCCGCUACGUAGAAGGUAUAUAUAUUUAUACUGAUAUUAAAAAUCAAUGUUCGGUUUUUUGAGUGUAAAAUACCUGAAAGAGUUCUCCUCACUGGAGAAUAUCAAUAUGCAGAAGGUUUUCUUGUCUCUCCUUGCAAUUUUUCACGUUUUGAGUAUUUACAUUAUGACAUAUAACGCUCGUUUUGUAUUCCAAACGAAAAAAAAAGCAGCUGACAAUAAAGCUUAUCUCCAAGCAAGUGAGACGCAACGCUACUAAGAGCGUUCUUGUUUAUUAUCAACGAUGUUUACAUGAACUAAGCUGUUUUAUUUCACAUAGUAUGCAAUAAUUUUCCUUUCUUUUACAUUACUUUGGGCGAACGUUAAGUUUUGUUUUAUUGAUAACCUGCCUGACUAUAAGCUAUGCUAACUGCGGGCUGUCAACGUCUGUAAUACUGUUAAUACAGGUGCUGUUUAAGCCUUAAACUUCUUAACAGUAUAAGAUCUUGAAUGGCUACAUGCUCUUGAAAAAUAUAUUUCGCAACGUAGUUUUUUUUUAUGUAUUUCGAAAUUGAGAAAUAAAAGGAUGAAACAAUCCUUGGAAAAGAUAGAGGAGCUUUCAUGAAUGGUCUCAAACUUUCCAAAUUAGUUUUUGCACGUUACCACUAAUGUUAGUGUUGUCUUUGCCUUUUUGAAGCUUAGCUGUGUUGAAUUCAGUUGGAGUUAGGAAUGGCCAAACUAUUUUCAGCAGUUACCUUCGGCCGUACAUUUUAACUAAAUUAUUUGAUUAAGCAUAAUGCUACUGUAUUUUGAGGAUUCCAAGUCACAGAACGGCAAAUCCUUGACCCCUUAACUAAUUCGUGUAUAGGAACACGAUUGAUUUUGCAAACAGUCCAGAUACACAAUCCAACUUACCUAGGGAACUCGUAGCAAGCUUUGUUCGAUUUACAAAGGUUGUUAUUCCCUGUUGGAUCAGUAAGGCCAUGAGGAGAUAACGAAGUUUCACAGUUUUCAACUCCAUGAUCCAGUGACUAAUGGUGUGAGUCUUAGGUCACCCAGUCACUUGCUAAUUUAAUCAAUUCAGUAUCAGCUGUUGUGGCUCUCAAUCACAAACAGUGGACAUGUUAAUGACCAUGAUCUUGAGUAAUAAAAACAAUCAGACCGCAGUGUGACGUCAAAAGCUUAUAUGUUUGAGUCCGCACGUGUCAAAGAAGUAAGAAGUAAGAAGUUUCUCCCCUGAGGGGCUUUUGAGUGAUACAAGACAAAGCUAUAUUUGAUCAUCAAGUAUAUAUAAAAAUAAUUACCUAAAAAAAAAGGAAAAUGACCUAAGUUUGCGUUUAAAAUUCUUAUGAUACCAAGGGGGUGGGGGAGGGGGUCCGGAUUUCAAGUGACAGGGAUGAUCGAAUUGGGGCGAAAAUCAAAACCCAAAAACAUCUCUAGGGCUUCAUACAAAACCUAAUAAAAUCCCUGGACCAAAAUUUCAUUUUUCUUUAUUCGCGGAACUACGCGGCCGGGCGUACGUGGGAACUAUCACGAAUCUUCAGAUUGUUUUGAAUACCCAAAAAAUUCCCACUUAAAUUCAAGCUACUCAAAAUAAAAAUACUUGCCAAAAUUUUCCUACCAAAAAAAUUCCAAAAUCAAAAACUUCAAACCCCAAAAAAAAUCCUUCGAUCAUGGCUGUCACUUCAAAUCCGGAGUACCCCCCCCCCCCCCCAGGCUUUGUGACAUAUAAUGAAAGAAGUUUCUAAACUGAUUAAUGUUUGUUUAAGACUUUUGUGUAACGUCCACUCGAUUGAUUAUCAUUUUGAAUGACGCCUUUAGGCCCCUCUGAUCAGAUGUAUCCCAACCUACAAAUAUUGCUUGAAGAAUAUUACAGCUUAGCUGUUAUGAUUUUUGUUAAAAUAUUGUAUUAUAAAUGUAGUUAAACCCGAUUCCGGGUGAUGGAAAGAAAACGGUUUCCUUAUCACCUGCUUAUUCCCGGCUCUAAAGAUAUCUCAACGCUUUUUUUAGCUAGGUUUAAAUGCCGACUAGCGCGAAACCUAAAGUGAAGUUAUAAAACAAACACCAUCAAAUGAAAUCAGUGAGAAUAUUUCUCCCCUUUCUAGUUCCUCUCCUCGCGGCCAUCUCCUUCCUCUACACGCAUUGCCUAAAAAGCCGUAUGUAAGGGUCAGCUCCUAGAGGUUGGUCGAGUUUUUGCGGAUGAUAUUAUACUUAUCAUUACCUUUUAAACUUUCAAGCUCUCUUUUCCCAUCGGCCACUGCUGCAAUAAUUUAGAAUGGGGCCCAAUUUCCCACUGAGAGCAAACGAAAUGAGAAAAGAAAAUGGCAUUGAAAUUUAUAUAAAUAAGACUGACCAGGCUACUAAAUACGUGCGUCCUGUGUUAUUCCAUUCACUACCAACCAAAACAAGCUUAGUGACGGGAAGAAAACUUUGUUUCUCUUACCUACACCGAAACAAAGACUAUAAAACCAAUCACUAUCUAUCUGGGUGUAAUUUAGAAAAAAAAUGUUAUUGAUUUGUCGUUUCCACUUCAUCCCACUCCUCGCGAGAGAAUUGUAAUUAUGUUUCUCUACCCCUUACCCUCAAAUGUCCCUUCGAUUCGCCGGAAAAAGAUAAUUAUGUUCCUGCACUUCUCCGGCCCCUCACCCUAGAUCAAGCAAGUUUUUUUAGCAUCACAAAGAGACGUCGGAGAAUUAACGUGCAGAAAAACGUUUUCUACGUCCUUUAACCUGAGUCAGCGCUUGCUUGGAAACUGACAUGGGAAGAUUAAAUACUCAAUAUGUUUUAAGACAUCCUUGAAAACAUUUCGAAUAAAAAAAAAUUUCAGUUAUUUAUUCCGGGCGAGUGUUUUUCUAUCAAAUUAAAUUAAAUGACCUUAAGGAUCUCCGUAAGUAUCCUGUAUGCAUGUGAGUAAAUGAUACUUUAGAAGGGAAACUUUUUAAAACCUCUUCUCCAAUAUAAUGCUGCAAUGAUGAAAUAUCGAAAGGUGGAUUUAUCUCAGUUUUGAGUCUGUAAACGAAAUCCUAUAAGGUUGCCAUUCAAAUGAAAGGUCCUCGUCAGUAGUUGUUCCAUAUGAUACUAUUUUUUGUUAGCAUUUCACAAAGUGAAAUUUGCUAAUUUUGUUGAAUUUUGACAUUUUGGUCACAGUUUGGAAGUGAAAUUGUUGAACACUCAAAAUCCGACAAACUGAACUCGAAGAUUAAAUAGGUGAUUUUCUUUAAAUUCCAGAUCUCUCUUAUUCCACGAGACUCAGAGAAAAUCAAGGCAGAUUCUUCAAACACAUUUCUCUAAAUAUGCUUUCAAAAAGAAAGCGUUCUGUUGUAGACCAUUAAGGCAAGGCGUUUAUUAAUUCGAUAGUUCACCAGCUGACUCGCACACUGUGUUUUGAUAUCAGCCGUAUGGAAAUUAGGCUCAGAUUCAUAGACGCUCAGCAAGUAUUGACUACCAUUUUUUUCCCAACGAAGACUGCCUUAUGGAAGCUUAGAAAAAUAAGAAAGACUUUUGGAAGAAAGGUUUCACAAGGUAAAAAACUGAUCAUUUAUUAACAGUCUCGUUCUGUGGCUAGUUCUAUUCCGCUAAAUUGUCAGUGUCUGACGGCGUAUUUACGGCCGGUUGCUCGACUGUUUCAGAAAAGCAAUAUUUUGGUGGAAACAAUUUAAUACCAAAAAUGAUAGGUUUUAUUCCUUUUAAAUGUAGUUAACUGUACACAUCAUUCACGCUAGAAACAAUACUUUCUUUUGAAGCAAAGAAUUCUAAAAUAUAAGCGCGCCUUUUUCACCUUUUUUAUAUCUGGUUGGGAAAUUAAACGCUGAAGGCCGUAACAAGGCGGUAUCACGAAAUAUUUCGUUCAAAACCAAGCUAAACUGAAGAUUUUAUUUGCCGUUUAACACAGUUUUUUUGUAAAACUAGAGUACAAAUGUGUUCAGUCACAAAAAAAAAUUCAACUCGGAAUCAAUUAGCAAUGUUAAAGUGAACUUGUAAAUUAUUAUGAGCUCUUCUCUUUAAUCUCUUGGAUGUUCUGGAAUAUUGCUUCAGGUAUCUUAUACCUUCGUUUGACUGCUUGGAUCAGUCGUUGUGACAGAAAAAAAGGAAGAAAAAAAUUUUGAAAAAGAACGUCACUUGAUCAGACAAAGCGAAAAGCGUAAAAUUUGCAUCUUGUCAGUUAUUUUUCCGCCCAUCAAAUAUUCCAAAAGAUGGCAAAAAAGGAAAUUAGACGCGCAUCUGGCGUGAAUAGCUUUUGAAAUAAAUUAGUGCGUCUAGUUUAAUAUCACGUUUUCUCUGAUUUGCCGACAAUGACGGAACAGACAAAGCAUAAAGUGGACAGAACCUAGACUAAAAGACCGAACAACGUUGCAAAUUCUUUAUUUGGUUAGCGAAUUAUUUGUUCACGAUUUCUCGUUUAUUCUUUAUGAGAAUUAAGCAGUCAAGUUUGAACAAAUAUAAAUGUCAAAAUUUACUCAUUGCUUCAAAAUGCGUGUAUAAAGCUAGCUGAACGGUGUAAAUAAUUUUAACUCCGUUCUUUGGUUGGUACUUCAGAUUUAGCGUUGUUGGUUUACUAAAUGAUGUUGUUGAGCCGAUCAGUAGUAACUGUGGUCAUCUUGGCGUCAGCAUGUGAUGUUUCUUUUCCCUACAGCAAGAAAAGGGUCUUGGGUAAGGAAUUUCAGUUUUUUAUUUCUGUUCUCUGUCAAAAGAUGUAGUUAUAAAGUCUCGUUUUAUUGACAACAGAUGAUCUGAGGUUGACUAAACUCACUCUUUAUAAAUUCUCUCUUGUAGCGAGUGUGAAAUGAGCAAUAAAACAAAAGUGAAGAAUCGUAUACACAGCAACUAUUAGAAGAUUGUUUUGUUAGAGGGUCCUGAAGCGUGGGGGGGGUACCAAUCCCAUUUCCCAGCCCAUUUCUUCUCGAAAUCCCACUUCCCAGUGCCCAAAUCCCAUUCCCAAUAGCAGAAUUCGGAAAAAAUCCCAGUACUACACAUACAACCUCUUUUCGCUUCGCAUCCGCAAAAUUAUGGCUUAACCCAACAAAGACCCAAAAAUUCACGCGGAUUUACAAAGACGUUCUGAAGACGAGAGGAUCACUUUAGACAGUAAUAAAACUUGGAAGUGGCGAGUUUAUAGCGAUUAGCUCCUGUCACUUCACACUCCUGUCAUUCCUGCCUGGAGGAAAUCUGCCAUCCGACUAGUAAGUGUUCUUACCGGCUUCCCAGUCUGGUCAGACGGAUCAUGUUCAUUGUCACUCGCUCUAGAGCUGUCGACCUGUUCGUUGUUAGGAGACUCUAGUACUCUGGUGGUAAACUGGCAUCCUACUUUGAAUUAGGUGGCUCAUCACUAAAUUCAAAUUGACUGGUUUCAAGACCGUUUCAGUUUCAUAUAAGUUCAGAGGCACAGUGCCCACCCUGUUCAUGUGUUAUCUUGUCUUACAUUUCGUUGUCGUCUGACGGAUUUACAAGAACUACACAAGUAUCGUUGACCGCAAAUUGGGGCCAUUCAGGGGAAAUCUGGAUAAAAAUGCCAAAAAUUGACUUGUCCAAGGUGCAUGGACAAUUUGCUCAAGUUUCUUAACUCCAGUAAAAAAGUGACGCCUCGACUGGUCAUGAUUCCAAAAUAUUUAUCUCAUUCCCAUUUUUGACAUUUUAUUCCCAUUCCCAGUGACUUAAAUCCGAUUUUCCCAGGGCAAAAACCAGCCGAUCCCAAUUCCAAUUUUACCUCUAGUUCAGGACCCUCCUGUUUAUCUGGCGACAAUAAAAAGACCUUAUCUCCCGGCUUAGUGGAUAAAGUCGGCUCAAACAAUUCUAUAGUUUAGACAGUUAUUCGCUGUCAGUUUAAAAUACUCAUAUGUGUUCAUAGGAGUAAGUGUAUCAAGCAGUUGCAAUGGGUUUCCAACAAAAAAAUAUACUUUCAGACAGUUGUUGUUGAACACAUAAAAAACGGAAACGUUUUAGAAAGAUUUCCGCACCACCUAGAGAGUGAAGCUAUGAGUCGAAGACUGAAACAUGAAACCAGCAUAAAUGGGGUUUAAGCACAAACGGAGAGAGAAUGUUUCUCUUUCUGUUUAAAUACCCAGGUUUUUCUAUCACUUGUUCGCACUCAAACAGACGGAAAAGCAGUUUCCUUAUUGGUUACUUACCAUCUAUGCAAAUCAUAAUGCUAGUGUCUUGUUUUUGUAUAUAGCUAAGCUUAAAUGCAGUACAGGAGUUUUCCAGGGGAACACUACUAUUACGACCUUCUAUUCUCUCUGCAGGCAGGAAGAGACAUUUACGGCAAAAUCAGAUUCAGGUUUACAGCUUCUCAAACUUUUAAGGAAACGAAAUGAUGAAAACUGUACGAAACAAUACUUUUGGAUAUACUUUGCAGCUUGAAACUUCUUAUUUUCGAGUAGAUAUUGAGGAUAGUAAACGGCAAAUGAAGUGAAAACUUUGUCGGUCAAGUCGAACGAACUGUCGCUGGCCAUUUAAGCGCUCGCUCUCCAAAAAUACACCGACAACUAUUACCUAGUAUAAAGAUUAUUUGGCCGGCAUUCUUUGUUGCUUGCGUCAAAUCAGCUCAGCUCCGCCGAAUUUUUUUUUCAGAAGAACCCAAGUGUGGCGAGAGAUUCCUGAACAAUGAUUUAGAAGAUAAGCGAAUUGUUGGAGGACAUGUUAGUACUCCUGGUGCUUGGCCCUGGCAAGUGGCUCUUCUUCUAAACGACAAACAGACAUGUGGAGGAUCGCUUAUUUCUCCUCAAUGGGUGGUGUCAGCUUCACAUUGUUUUGUUGGUAAAAAAAAAUACACUUCUUACCUGUGUUUCGCCAAAUAGUAUACAGUAGAAUCCCGAUUUCUCGCAUCCUUGGUUCUUUCGGCAAAAUCCCCGAUCAUUUAACCCAAACCCAACUUGCCUUCACCAGUCAAAGACUAACCCCCCGAUUUUUCAACCGCCCGAUAAUUCGUAACAAUUUGCUUUUCCCGGCCUAGGUGGCCUGUGUUUCGAAAAAUCAAGAAUCAACUGUAAUUGUCUACUACUUAACUAGAAUGUGAUUAAGACAAAAUUUUCCUCAACCUAGGUGAUUUUCUAUUCAUCUUAGUCCAUUAAUUAAUUCACCUAUUGUAAAUAAAACGAUCCCACUUAUCGAUGAAAAACUAGAUUGCUGAAUUUUGGCUCAAAGAUUGAGAACUUAGUGUCGCUUCUGGUCCGAACGGAACGCCACCAUUUCUUCGGUUUUAUGUAGAAUUAACGCUGCUAUGGCUCUGGUUGACCUGGUUAUGAUGGUUUCAGGUUCCCUGUUAUCCAAAGAUCCUAAAGACUGGACUGUGACACUAGGAGAACAUCAUCUCAAAAAUGAAGACUGGUUUGAACAAAUCAGAAAGGUAAAGGCAAUUUACCUUCACCCAGAGUACAAAGAAUCCGAAAAUAAAGUCGCCGACAACAAGUUACAUAGUAUUCCACCAGACAAUGACGUAGGUAAGAUGGUUCCGUCAUUUGUAUAACAGGUCCCCCAGGGUGUUUUAACCUUUUAAGAUCUUAAGAUGGCCAACAACAAAAUUAGCAAAGAUAGAUCUGUCCACAGGUCCUGCUUCAACUAACAAAUUUUGACCAAUCCUGACACAAUUACACUCCAAAUUGGCGCGCAACAUUUGGAGAAAAAAUCACUGUCAAUUUUGCUAUUCACCUGUUACUCUUUGCAGAGUAGAUUUGUCCCUCUCUGAAAAAGUUAGCCAGCCAAAAGUCCAUGCAAAAAAAAAGAAAACGAUAAAGUGGGCACCAAAUCGGGCUAUAACGAGGAAAGACAAAGGGAAAACAAGAGAGUGAGCAAGAAAGAUGGAAAUAGAUCUGCAAAAAGAUGACCAAGACUAAUUAACAUAGCACUUUCAAAACAAAAGUCUCAAAAAAGAAGGAAAAGGUAGACAUCAAAGAAAUAAAAAGAAAGAUCAACAAAAUAGUCGAGUAAUAUGUUUUAUCAAUGUUAAAUCCAAGAUAGAACUUAGUGAAAGUAACUUGUUUCGUUUUUCUACAGCUCUGUUGCAAUUAGAAACUCCAGCCAUUUUUGACAACUUUGUGUCGCCAAUCUGCCUGCUUCCUCAAGGUGCUCAGUUCCCCGCUGGUAAAGAAUGUUACGUCACAGGCUGGGGUCACACACAAUGGAGAGGGACUAAGCCCGACAUUCUAAGAGAAGCUAAAGUAAAGCUUGUACAUGAAGACAAGUGCAACGCAGAAAAAUCAUACGGCGGCGCUAUACAUAAUAGGGCAUUAUGUGCUGGAUUUGAGGAAGGUGGGGUUGAUGCAUGCCAGUACGACAGUGGAGGGCCACUGGCUUGUCAACAUGAAGGGCUUUGGUAUUUAACAGGCGUGGUAUCCUGGGGCCAUAACUGUGGCAUUCCACAUAAGUAUGGGGUGUAUGCUGACAUGCAAGUCAUGACAGAUUGGGUGCGGAAGAUUAUCAAUGAAAAUUAAAUUUUAAAAAAACUUUAGGCCUGUUAAAUUGCUAGACAUUAAAAACAUUAAUAAGCAACUAUGACAACAUUUGCAACCAACAUAACCGUAGGAAAACACCAAAUAUGUACGUUUAUUGUUCAGUGGCAAGCUAGUUUGAGGGAGUGUUGAAGCUGGUUCCAAACUGUCAGUGCUUUGGCACACUAGAAAUAAUAUUGUUGCUAUAGUAACAUCACCUCAUC